CAGAAUUCCCCGUAAGCUCCAGGUGUCUUUUGGGAGUCGUAGUCUACAAACGGGAGUCGUUUCCGUGUAUCGAGCCAAAGCGUUCGGUGGAAUCUGCGCUGAUAAGAAAAACGCACAUGAGAUUAUUGAUCAGGGCUGUGUGAAUUUAUGGAAACAUGUCAAAGAAACGCGGCAGGAAGCGAAGUAGCGGAGAGCUCAGUGAGAGCUCGGCGUCAACUCUGAGCCCAGACCCUGACAACCUGCUUGGUCGCCGAAUCCAGCACACAUGGAGGGAGAAGGGUAACGUGACCAAGUGGAAAGGCACUGUUCUGGAGCGUCUAACUGUGAACACCUCCCUCUACAUGGUCAAAUACGAUGGCUUUGACUGCAUUUAUGGCAUCGAGCUGUUCAAAGAUAACCGUGUGUCCAACCUGCAGGUGCUGUCAGAGAAAGUUGUGAAUAAUAAGGUCAAAGUGCCACCUGGGGCAGAGGAGCUGGUUGGCCGUGCAGUGGAGCAUCUGUUUGAGAAGGAGGACGGAGAGAAAAAUGAGUGGAGAGGGAUGGUGCUGUCCAGAGCGCCUAUCAUGACCCACUGGUAUUACAUCACCUACGAGAAGGACCCAGUGCUCUACAUGUACCAGCUUUGGGACGACUACAAGGACGGAGACCUACGUGUCCUCCCAGAGUCAGAAAACAAACACUUGCUGCCAGCAGACAGGAAGCCUGGUGAGGAGCCAGAGAGCCUUGUGGGUAAACAAGUGGAAUAUGUCACAGAUAAUGGUCUUAAGAGAACGGGAUUGGUCAUCUACCAGGUUCCAGCCAAGCCCACUGUAUAUUACAUCAAAUACGACGAUGACGUUCACAUCCAUGUCUACGAUCUCGUGAAGACCACCUAGUACAUUUGGACUUCUUGGUUUGUGUUCAAACUCCAACCGGCCGUUACCUGUUUAAGUGUUAGAGAUUCCACCGAGGGAGGAAAUGUGUUGAGAGUCAAAAGCUCAUGUUUCGUUCUUCACACUCCCCUGGGUUCUUAGUCUCACAUUUAAGUCGACCUUCUUAUUUGAAUAUUACUUAACCUUUUAAGACUGGUUGUUCGACCCACAGGGGGAACAGGCAUUUGAUUUGGUUUGAUCACAUUUGUAUAGUGCAACUUUCAAACACCAAAUUCAUACUUUUUGUAUACUAAAAUGAUGUAACUUAAAAAAGAGAGUUUUCUUACUGGUUCCUCCUAUGUGUUGUUCAUAUUGCAUUUCAGUUUUAUAUGCCUGUACCUUUAAAUUCAUAUGAGCUUUCCUGGCUGUGUUAAUGGUCUGGUGUGCUUCUUGUGUGUUUCUCACUGGGCAUCCGUUUGAUGAAUUUACUGGUAAUUAAUUUACCAUUGUUUCAUAAGGCCAGGUUUCAGAUGAGUUGUGUUACAGGCACUGGUGAAGCUCUUAAACUUGUGUCUAUUAAACAAAGACUCAUCUAAACUUGUGUAUCUUAUUUUUGUUUUUUCUAAUUUUUACAUUACAAUGGCAUAUCACAAGAAAAAGAAUGUGAUGUUGAUGUCCAGUUGUUUCUGUGGUGUUUGUGCUAAGCACUGUUUAUGUUGUUCAAUUUGGCCCCCAAUAUUGUUCAGUAUUUUGGACUGACUUCUUUAUUAUAUGCCAAAAAAAAAAGAUUAACACUAUUACAAAUUCAGGACCGAAAAAAUAUUGUUUCUUGUGAACCUAAAUAUGUUUUGUUCUGUAAAUAUAUUGUUGAGACAUUUUUAUGAAUAUAAAAAAAAAACUGCCUGAA